AUGGCGACUCGGAGCGAGGCAAGGGUCGUGGAGGUGAGUGGCGAAGGCGACUCGAGGCAGAUGCGGGUUAGCAACGCCGGCCAGUGGAGACCGCAGUUGCGGCCGAGGCGCAGCUCGUGGUGGAGGAGCAACGAGGUGAGCCUGUGGCAUGGUGGAGGAUCAAAUCUGCAGCUUCUGUCCGUUUCCGAGUCACGUUCGUUCUGGAAGAAUCCACCUUGGCACCCUCCAGGUCGUUGUUCCUCGGUGGUCUCAGGUGUGGAUGCAGCCUCAUCUGCGGAGGAGACGAGCGGCUCUGGCGAGGCCACGGCAGAAGCGCGACACGGCGAGUCACGAUGGAAGCGAGAGGGAGGCGAGGCCAGGGCAACUCGAGGUCAAAGCAAUCCGGAGGCCAGGCGACCGGGUUGGCGAAGGCGGAGCGGUCUCAACAAAGUUGAUCAGCGACUCAAUUCAGUCUCGGUGACUCAAAACUGGAGUAAAGGCACGGUGACGGCAGCAAGCGGCGCGGCAAGUCGAGCACCGCAGGUGAACAAAACGUCCGUUCGCAGGCGGCUCACAGCGGCAGGUCGGAGCACCGGUAUUGAUUCACGGUCAGCUCAACGGCGAACCGCAGUAGGAGCGGUUCAACGAGCGGAGGCAUGGCAACUCGACGGGGCGCUCUGGCAGCGAGGCAGUAGCAGGGGUGAGCCCCCCAGCAAGUCGACGAUCCGGCGCAGUGGCCAUGGAGGCGAGGGCCGCGGCAGGGGCAGCAAGCCAGCGCGGCAGCUCAGUCACACAGCGGUGAAGCCGGUAGAGGCGAAGCGAGGUCAUGGCGGCUCAGUGAUGGUGCAGCCGCAGAAGAUGGGUGGGCGCUGGAGGACGGCCACGUCCGGCCACGGCAGCAAGAUGUCACGUGACGGCGGCUCGGUGAUGAACAAAGCAAUGGCGGUUUGACGGAGACAGCCAAACGGAGCCGCGCCGGUCACGGCGAGCCACAGCGGAGGCGUGCCGACGAAGCCCGGCAGCUCGAUGCGAGUUUUGCGCGAUGGCGGCUCGAAAACGAGGCCACAGCGGCCGAGACCGGAUCCAACUCCCAUCCACUUCCUUGUCAUGGUCGUUCUUGGUUUGACCAUCCACGUUGGGUCUUCUACUUCUCCUUUCCUUUUUUCUCUUUCCGAUCUAUACGUGGAUAGUACUAGUAGUACUACCAUACAAUCAUACUGGCAACAGCAUCGUCUUGCUUUUGGGUCGUGGUCAACGUUGACCAAUCCACGUCCGAGUCAUGGUUGAUUUUACAACUCUGCGUUUAACUGCGUGCGGUGAGCUGAGCCGCGUAGAGGCUGUGCACGGUCUCAGGAGUAGUACUGACUGCAGGCGCAUAUCAUAUUGGCAUAUUGCCUCGUCGAUGCGACGGAGUAGAAAUUAGCAUCGGCUGGCCUGACCUGGUGUGCUUGUCCGAG